UCAUCGAGCAUUUGUUUACAAUGUUUACAUUAACUAUUUUUUUUCUUCUUAUGACUCUUACGUUGUUACUUGUUAAAUAUACAUCACCAUCUCCACUAUUUAUUUGACCGGACGUAAUUCUUUUCCGUCGUUAUUGUUUUCUGAAUUUGUAUUCUUUUUUUUUCGUUUCGUUACACCCACAAGACGUAAGACAUUUGACGAUCGGUUUUCCAUUCAAUUGACCGAUUUUGAACGACGUCAUCGAUUGUGCUACAAAUACUCGAUUUUCAGUACUUCCUGUGCCUAUCCCUAUAUACCGACUUUCUCACGUCGGCCGACGAGACAUGCAGAGCGCUGUGAAGAGUAGACAGUUUGUGAAAGAAGGUCCAACGAAAAAUGUCAGCAUCAACGUCAACUAUGACAAGUUGGAGCAGAUUGGCGAAGGAACAUAUGGGGUUGUGUACAAAGCGUUAGACAAGCAAACCGGCAAGUUUGUUGCUCUGAAAAAAGUCAGGAUGGAAUCAAGUGCAGAAGGUGUACCUUCUACAGCCAUGAGGGAGAUUUCAUUGUUGAAGGAAAUAAACCACGAAAAUGUUGUUAAACUUCAUGAUGUCAUAAUGUCUGACAAGAAAUUGUUUUUAGUAUUUGAAUUUAUGGACUAUGAUUUAAAAAAAGUAUUAGAAUUGCGCAGAAAAGAAUUUGGAUUUGGAUUACCUGAACCUCAAAUUAAGAGUUACUUAUACCAAAUACUAAAUGCAUUAGCAUAUUGUCAUAUCCAUCGCAUUGUUCAUCGGGAUCUGAAGCCACAAAACCUUUUGGUAAAUACUGCUGGUGGUAUAAUCAAAUUGGCAGAUUUUGGAUUGGCUAGAGCUUUUUCUUUUCCCCUGCGUAACUAUACACAUGAAGUAAUAACUUUAUGGUAUAGAGCUCCAGAAAUAUUGUUGGGAGCCAAGGUAUAUACCAUGGCUGUAGAUCUUUGGAGCCUUGGGUGUAUAUUUACAGAAAUGAUGACUUUAAGACCAUUGUUUCCGGGUGAUUCAGAAAUUGACCAGUUAUUUAGAAUCUUUCGGACUCUUGGAACUCCAACAGAUGUCACAUGGCCUGGAGUACAUAAAUUACCAGAUUUUAAGCCAUUGUUUCCAUUAUGGGAAGCACGUCUUAUCGAAGAAUUCUUACCUGAACUCUCUGAUAAAAAUCAACAAAAUGUUUUUUAUGCAAUGUGUACCUACAAUCCGGCAAACAGAAUGUCCGCUGAAAAAAUAUUGGAAAUGGAGUAUUUUCAUAGUUUUAGACUGGAAUCUCUACCGGAAACACCUUAAAUAAUAUCAAUAAUUUUUAACUUUUUUUUUAGUGAGUUAUGAAUAUCUGGUUUAUUUUUGGAGUGUUGAAAACAUUCUAGUUGUACCAAAAUUAAAUUUUAAAUUUUAAAGUGUAAAUAGUUAGUGAAAUACUACCAUUGACCAAAAGUUAAAAUUUAAGUUAAUAUUAUGACUUGCUUUGGGCCAAAAACAUAUGUAUAAAAAAUAAUCGACACCAGUUCAAACCUGUAACAAGAUUAAUGUAUUCAAUUUAUUUUCCCUUUUUGUUGAAAAUUUUACUUUAUUAUAUAAUGAAUUUUGUUUUGAUUUUUUUUUUCUUAUUAAUUUUUGUUUAGUUAAAUAUGCAAUUUAUCCCAUAAUCACUCUUGUACUUACUGUAUUAUAAUUUGAUUUUGUAUCAGUA